AUGGCCGAUAAUCCUAUACUAGUUAUGGACAAUGGAGCAAGUACAAUAAAGGCUGGCUAUGCCAAACAACCAGAAACAUUGCACGUAAUACCCAACUGUAAAGUAACACGGGGAAAGGGUGAGAAAACCACUUUUACUGGUGAUCAGCUACAUAAACUGAGCGAUUACGCCGGACUAUAUUAUCGUCUUCCAUUCGAGAAAGGUUAUUUGACCAACUGGGAAGUCCAGAAGAGCUUGUGGGAUAGGACUUUUAGUAGAGAUAUCUUGAACGUUAAUCCAACUAGCACAAGUCUUUUGAUUACGGAGCCUUGUUUUAAUUUCCCUAAUAUUCAGCACUGUUAUGAUGAAAUGAUAUUCGAAGCUUACGAGUUCUAUGCUUGUUGCAGAGUGAUCGCGCCUUAUCUAUGUGGAUAUAACAAUGUCUCUUCUCUCUUCCCCUCUCAGACGCCCUCAGUCAAUGAACGUCCAGACUGUAUCCUUGUGGUCGAUUCGGGUUACUCGUUUACUCAUAUAGUGCCAAUCGUAGUGGGUCGCCCUGUUCUAACUGCAGUCAGGCGUAUUAACAUUGGGGGGAAGUUACUGACAAAUCAUUUGAAAGAGAUUGUGUCAUUCAGGCAUUGGGAUAUGAUGGAUCAGACUUACGUAGUGAACGAAAUCAAAGAGACAUGCUGUUACGUAUCCAAGGACUUUCUUGGAGAUUUGGAUACAGGUCGAAGGAAUCCGAAAGAGAAUCCAAUUGUACAAGAAUAUGUGUUGCCAGAUUUUUCAAGGAAUUCAAAGGGUUAUGUUAGAGAUAAGAAACGCAGUUCUCGCAGUACGAAUGAUAUAUAUGAAGAUCAAGUACUACGCAUGAACAACGAACGCUUUACAAUUCCGGAGCUGCUCUUCCAUCCAUCCAAUAUUGGAAUGAAUCAAGCAGGCAUACCGGAAACCAUUGUUGAAUCCGUUAGUCUUACACAUUCAGAUCUGCACGGACUUUUUUACAGCAAUAUCGUCUUGGUUGGCGGGAAUGCUUCAUUCCCCGGAUACAAGGAGAGAAUCGAACAAGAUCUUCGUGUUUUAGCCCCAUCCGAAUAUGAAGUGCGAGUUGGUAUGCCUGAAAAUCCAAUAACGUACACAUGGCAUGGUGGCUCCAAUUAUGCAGGUUCACCUGAUCAUCGGAAUAAACUCGUGACACGAGCUGAAUAUAUGGAACACGGUAGUAACAUAUGCCUCCAGAGAUUUGGAAUGAGCGAGGACGUUGAUGGAAUGCAAGAAUAG